UAACGCGAACAUGUCGAGAUAUCAAUUUAACCGACAUACUCGCAAUUGAUUAUUUAAGCAACACGUAAAUAUCCUCGAGACCACUUGGACAGGUUCUUCUGUCAUUUGCUACAUUGAUCCUCCAUCACAGGCGUAUACUUGACAUCCUACUGGGAGGUAGGUGUUGUGUAUUUCUUAGCUGGCCUGCGAUGAUCAUCUUCACUCCCCUUUCAGAGCCAUAUCGUGUGGUUCCAAAAGGAAAAGGCAAAGGAAAGAAAGCUCAAAAAGGAGAAGUGGAACAUGUGAAAGCUUUGGCAUAUUUGGCAGAAGUGGAUGAUAUUCGAAUUUUGAUCGAUUGUGGUGCACCAGAAUCAUUUCAAUUCAACGAAAACGGAGGUGAUCUAGACGACAAAUUGCGAGAGAUUGCGCCUACCAUCGAUUUGGUAUUGCUAUGUCAUUCCAGUAUGGCCCAUCUGGGAUUGUAUGCAUAUGCAAAGGCUAGGUUCGGAUUGACAGCACCAUGUUAUACUACUCUACCAGUUGCAACUAUGGGUCGAUUGACAGUUCUGGAAUCGAUACAAUCUAUACGUGCGGAGAACGAUUUGGAUCCAUCCUCCAGCAAAACAACGGACGAAAAUGAGCAGAGCCAGGAAGAUACUGCUGAGCAGAAACCGCAUUGGUGUAUAGCGACUGCGGAUGAGGUCAAUGAUGCAUUCGAGCAGAUCAUCACUUUGCGCUACCUACAGCCUACUCAUCUGGAUGGUCGUUGUGCCGGUCUCACGCUCACUGCAUAUAGCGCUGGUCAUACAUUAGGAGGUGCCGUUUGGAAGUUACGCAGUCCUUCAUCAGGAACACUAUUGAUCGCAUUAGAUUGGAAUCACUUCAGAGAAAGGCAUAUAGACGGUACUGCUCUUGUUGCAUCAUCAGGAAUGUCUGUCAGAUCUGGUGAUGGAGAUGAAGAUAGCUCUAAUGCAAUCGCUGAUGCAAUCCGAAGACCCGAUUUGCUCAUCACCUCUAUGGCACGCUUCAACUACAAAAAUACACAGCGGAGGAAACGAGAUACGGCUCUUUUGGAUAUGAUUCACAACACCAUUCGUGCUGGCAAUACGGUCUUGAUCCCCGUCGAUGCUGCCAGUAGAUUGUUGGAACUUUUAGUCUUGCUCGAUCAACAUUGGGCAUAUGCAUAUCCACAUGUACGCUUUCCGCUUUGUCUUGUCAGUCAAACCGGUCGAGAGAUGUUAGAACGUGCAAGAACGUUGAUGGAAUGGAUGACAGGCGAAUGGGCAAGAAAAGGUCAAAAUACGGCAUCUGCGGAAGCAGGUGUGGAAGAAGAGGAAGGUGAGGCAAGAAAGAAGCCUCGAAACAAUAGAUCGAACAACGGUGCUCAGGCGCCUUCUUCGCCGUUAGACUUUAAGUUCUUGAGGAUCUUCUCUUCUCUGCAAGCGAUGGAUGAAGCACUGUCCCCUUCUGAUGCAAAAGUUGUCCUAGCAUGGCCACCAAGCUUGACACAUGGACCAGCUCGAAAAUUGGUCGCUCGUGUGGCAGCUAGCGAGAAAGACGUGAUUGUAUUGACGGGUAAAGGCGAACCGAACUCGUUAACAAGACAAAUCUAUGAUGAAUGGGAGAAACGUCAAGAUGCUACCGCUAAGCCAGGUUUGGGAAAUCAAGGCGAACCCAUCCAGGGAAACUGCAAAUUGAAAAUCGAGAUUCAUGAUAAAGUUCCGCUACAAGGCGAAGAACUUGAAGCUCACAAUGAGGCUAUCAGAGCAGCCAACGAAAGAGCAGCUCAGCAAAGAGCACUUUUAGCCCGCUCAACCCGGCGAAUUGAAGCUGACGAUAACGUGUCGAAUGGAGAAGGUUCGUCUGACGAUGAGUCUGAUGAAGAAGAGGAGGAUAUGCUAGAGGAAGCUACUGGAGAGGAAGCCAAGAAUCGGGGGCAGGGUAUGGAAGCAGAUGAGGGUCAAGGAGGUCCGGAGAUAUCUUUCGAUAUCUAUCUCAAAGGCAAUGCGAGCAGAGCUAAUAACUUUGUUGAAUCAUCAGGAGAAAGAACUGUUGGUCGCUAUAAAACUGGUAUUCGCUUCCGUACUUUCCCUGUAGUCGAGCGAAAAAAGCGAAUUGAUGGCUACGGGGAGACCUUAGAUCUGAGACAGUGGCUUCACCGCAGAAAGCAAUUGGAAGCACUGGGCGGAGAAGAGAUCGAAGCCCAAUCAGCAGAAGAUCGUAGAGUGCAAUUUCAAAAGCAACAAGCACAAAAAGCUGAAGAGGAAGAAAAGAAACGUAAAGAACGUGAACCUCCGACCAAAUUUGUGGUAGAAAAUGUUAAUGUUCAUCUGAAGUGUAAAUUGCUCUUUGUCGAAAUGGACGGACUUGGAGAUAGUCAAGCAUUACGAACAAUCAUUCCUCAAUUGGAGCCUAGACGGGUAAUCUUUGUGGAAUCAAAUAGUGCCGAACAACGUCAAGCAUUGGAGGAUGCGAUGGGAAAGAUCUUGAGAAGGACGGCGAAAGAUAUCUAUAUGCCCAUAAUGGGUGAAAAGAUUGAAAUCGGUGAAUCCACAGCAAAUUUCACAGUAAAUCUGGGAGAGGAUAUUAUGGGCUCUGUACGCUUCAGCUCAUUCCAAGAUUACGAUGUGACCCUUUUGCGAGCAAAGGUCAAUUUCCGAACUGAAUCGUCAAUUCCCAUGCUAGAGCCAGUGCAAGCCGCAACAAUAAAAGAGGAAGGGGAUGAGAAUGCAGACGUAAAUGCUGAACCUCGUGAUGAUGUGAUUGCACUUGAUGAUGAACAGGAGAACGAACGAGGAAACAGGAAAGAAUUACAGCCAACAACGUUAUUCAUUGGUGAUUUGAAACUAUCAUCGCUCAAACAAACACUUUCACGUACACAAAGACCUGCAAUUCCAUCUGAAUUUAUCGGUCAAGGUACACUUGUUUGUGGUGCUUCAGCUUUUAAAGCAAAUGCAACCGAAGAUGAUGUAGUCACCGUUCGUAAGGAAAACCAAGGCGAAAUUGUUAUCGAAGGAAAUGCAAGUAGAAACUUUUAUAAAAUCCGCGAUGCAGUUUACGGUUUGCAUGCACAAGUGACCGGACAAUGAGUAGAAUCAUCUGUACAAUUUGUAUAUUAUCAUUAACUGAAGCAAUCUAUUGAGUUUUGUGAAAUCUAG